CAUAAUAUCAAUAGUAUCGCAAGUACUCAGGGGUAUAUCCUGUACUUAUCCAAUCCUAUCUUCUAUCCAGAUUUUUGUGGACGUUGACGCAUUGUCCAAAUCGGCUUCCCACGAACCAAGGCCUCCCGCCGAAUCGAUACAAGUAAAACUAUUCUCAAUCUAGCCGCCCAUUCUCCUCAUUCACUACUUCAUUCCCAGUUUGGGGUGACAAACCUCAGAGUCUUACCAUGUCUCUUUUCUUCUCUCUCCAUUCACUUCCUACACCUUUAUUUCUGACCGUGAAUAUUUCCCUAUCCUCUCGAUUUGUACCAGAAUUCUUAUAGUGCAUAUCCAUUAUCUACCUCCUUAAACCGCCCUAUCUAUAUCCUAUUGUAUCUUCACAUGCAAACGUCAUAGUCGGGAUACUAGUCUCGUAGCACUCGAUAUUUACCGACCGCCCUCGAUUUCCAUUGCGUCUUCCCAUUCGUUCGUCUAGCCUACUCAUGAGGUUGCCGUUGUAACAUUGGUCUUCGAGCUGGACUUUAAGUCGGGUACCGACUACGAUAAGUAGGCAUGUCGGACUCUGGUGAUAGUGGCACGGCUCAGCGUAAUCAGGGAAUUACUCUGAUAGCUUUUGUCACUGCCCUCAAUGUCUCGUUGAUAGUCUUUGGGGUCCAGACGGGAUUUUUCCUAAUAUUGAGGAAUAAGCUUUCCAGAAUAUUCAAGCCUAAGACAUAUCUCGUACCCGAACGAGAACGAACGGAAUCUCCUCCAAGUAGCCCGUGGGGCUUGCUUAGCACGCUACUUCGGUUUCGAGAUCGCGAAAUCAUCAAGAAAUGCGGGCUCGAUGCCUACUUUUUCCUUCGAUAUUUACAAACUCUUCUCGUCAUAUUUAUACCGAUAGCCGUUAUCGUGAUCCCAAUCUUGGUGCCCGUGAAUUAUGUGGGUGGGCUUAGCCGCAACUUCUCAGCGAAUACUACCGACAGCACCAAUAACGUCAACUCGACCGAUCCGCAAGGCGCCGAUUAUACAGAUCCUAGUGCACCCAAGUCUAAUAUCACUGGACUGGAUACGUUAGCCUGGGGAAACGUGAGGAAGGACCAGACUAACAGAUAUUGGGCCCACCUCGUGUUAGCUCUCUUGGUUAUUAUCUGGGUCUGCACCGUCUUCUUUAUCGAGUUGAAGGUAUAUGUCAAGAUUCGACAGGAUUGGUUGACAACCGCCGAACAUCGUUUACGAGCCUCCGCCACUACGGUCUUAGUCAGUGGUAUUCCUGACAAAUGGCUGAGCGAGGAAGCCCUUAAGGGUCUCUUUGAUGUGUUUCCUGGAGGACUUCGAAAUGUGUGGCUCACUCGUGACCUCACCCAUCUUCUAGACAAGAUUUCCAAACGUGACCAAAUCCAUAAGCAAUUAGAGGACGCACAGACGGAACUCAUCCGCUUGGCGAAAAAGGAACAGCUUAAGAAAAGAAAACAGGAUGAGAAGCAGGCACGUAAAGCGUCUAAAUCCCACCGUCCCACCAAGGAAGAAAGACUUGAACGCCAAAGGGAAGAAGAUGACGCAGCAAAAUUGCAAGCUGAGGGUGGUCAGGGUGUAAGCAGCGGUGAUCGGCACGAAGUACCACACGGCGUGAGCGGCGCCGAAGCUGAGGUCGAAAAUGAAACUCGCCGAGAGAGUGGUUAUAGGCCAUCCACCGGGCACGGCGCCGUUGCGACUGGGUUUUCGAAGUUAACCGGAGGAUUUGGAAAAGGCAUCGACGUUGUGGGCAAGACUGGGCAGGAGAUCUUCGGAGGUGCUAAGAACAUUACACAUGGCAUCGACAACCAAAUCGAAACGACGAAUGGCUUUGUGUCGAUAGGAUCGCCACAAGGCCCAUCGUCUGCUCCGCCUACUCGUGGCUCAGACCGCCGCCGUGUGCAGCUACCGGAUGAGAAAGACCUCCCAAGACCAUCAAUGCAAAGCUCAAACCACCCAGAAGAGCGUGUGAUGGGACCGCCCACAACGGGAGCGAUGCAUUCCCGCAACGGUUCUACCAUUUCUCAAGAUACCAUACUUAAAGGGGAGAGCGUUGAGAUGCGGCACAUCGGAAAUACUACUCGCAGGGCUACUAACCUCAGCGACAUGCAAACCGAGACCGCGCGAUGGUAUGAAUUCUGGAAGCCGCCGACAGGUGCAUAUGCGUCGCCAGUACCCCAAGGAUUCGAAGGAGACGAUUUUCCAUUCAAGAAACAGAAGACGUCUUGGGAAAAGGUCAAGUCAUUCAUACCGUUUAUGGGCGGCCAUGAGCUUGACCCGGUAGAGUACCCCAAAGCCUACAAUGAAGAAUGGAAAGAAGAUGAGGACACGGGAGCAGAGUGGGAAAAAUGGGUUAAGAAGUCUAAGCGACCGACCCAUCGUCUCGCUAACUUUGACUGGACGCCCUCAUGGUUGCCCGGACUCCCAUUUCUCAACAAAAAGGUCGAUACUAUCUAUUGGUGCCGCCAAGAAUUAGCAAAGCUUAACUUGGAGAUUGAUACCGACCAGAAAAACCCAGAACGCUAUCCGCUUAUGAAGUCGGCGUUCAUUCAAUUCAAUCACCAGGUCGCUGCGCAUAUGGCCUGCCAAAGUGUUACACAUCAUGUCCCAAGACAAAUGGCCCCUCGCACCGUGGAGAUUUCUCCUAAUGACGUGCUAUGGGAAAAUAUGGCCCUGAGCUGGUGGUCGGAAUGGCUCCGAACUACUAUAUCUGUGGGUGUCGUCGUAGGCAUGAUUAUACUAUGGGCGUUUCCCGUCGCUUUCACAUCAUCAAUUUCUCAAGUCAGCACAUUGACGGACACAUUCCCUUGGUUGGGUUUCAUUAAUAAGAACAAGACGAUCCACAACGUGGUGUCUGGUGUUGCUGGUGUCUUGCCCGCCGUUUUACUUGCCUUACUUCUUUGGUUGGUUCCGGUUAUCAUGGGGUUUCUUGCCGGCUUUAAGGGAGCCAAAACAGGAUCCCAGAAAUCGGAAACAGUUCAGAAAUUUUAUUUCGCAUUUCUGUUCGUCCAGGUAUUCUUGGUUGUCUCGUUGGCUUCAGGCGUGCUUCAGACACUGGAAGACCUAGCAAGCAAUCCGACAGGAGUUGCGGACCUCUUGGCUGAAAACUUACCGAAGGCAGCCAACUACUUCUUCUCUUACAUGAUACUCCAGGCUCUUUCUGUGAGCUCGGGUACGUUGUUACAAAUCGGCGCCCUCCUUAAUUGGUACGUCAUUGCAAGAAUCAUGAACAGUACAGCCCGAAACAAGUGGUCUACGAACACAAAGCUGCCCGAGGUAAACUGGGGAACGUACUUCCCAGUGUAUACCAAUUUCGCGUGCAUCGCAUUGAUUUACUCAGUUGUCGCGCCAAUUAUUUCUAUCUUUGCUAUUAUCACUUUUAGUCUUCUUUGGAUUGCGAACAGAUAUGCGAUGAUAUAUGUCAACCGUUUCACUAUCGAUACUGGCGGUGUACUAUAUCCACAGGCUAUCAAUCAGACAUUCACGGGGCUUUACGUGAUGGAGCUCUGUCUUGUCGGUCUAUUUUUCCUCGUCCGAGACCAGGACGGCGAGGUCGUAUGCGCGCCUCAAGCUAUUAUCAUGAUUGUCUCAAUCUUCCUCACCGCUAUAUACCAGCUCCUCCUCAAUAGGUCGUUUGGCCCGUUAUUCCGAUACCUACCUAUUACAUUUGAGGACGAAGCGGUGCUUCGAGAUGAGGCGUUUCAGCGAGCUCAGGAUCGUCGCCUGGGUCUCCUUGAUGACGAUGACGAAUACAAUAAAGAGGGUUCGCAAAGUCAAUAUCAAGAUGGAAACCCAUCCACAUCUAUGGAUGGAACUGGUGACAAGACUGGGAAAGGUAAUAAGUUCACCAAUUCCAAACCCGUCAAGGGCAUUGUCCAUGCUAGUACCUGGGCAGCUCGUGGCGGUAAAACAACAUAUGACCGUACUUUUGGCAAGGCAGAAAAGGGUCUCAAGAAUGUCAACAAGUAUCGUGAGGAACGCCGUCAGAAAGAUCUGGAAGCGCAGAGGGCUAUCGGCGAAGCGCUAUACGGUGGAUUCCACGAUGAAAUUGAGGAUCUAAUGCCUGAGGAGAGAGAUGUACUUGUUCGACGUGCGUUUAUGCACUCUGCCCUUCGUGCCAGACGUCCGACGGUUUGGGUCCCUCGUGACGACCUUGGAGUCAGUGAUGACGAGAUCAAGAGAACAAGAGAGUUCAGUGAGCACAUUUGGAUUUCUAACGAGGGAACAGCCCUUGAUAGCAAAGUGCGAGUGUUAUACGGACGCGCGCCUCCUGACUUUUCAGAGCUAGAUAUCAUCUCCCUCUGAGGGGAUAUGCGUAUGAAUUGACCUGUACAUAGAGAGCAUACGAUGGAAAUGACCAGGCUUGGGUUCGUUGGCAUAGCAAGCAAAGAGGUAUACCCAAUGUUGCAUAGAAGCGUUAUUAUUAGCAUUUACGUAAUACACAAUAGACAAAAAAGAUUCACCUAA